UCUAAACCGGCAGAGAGAUCGCCAUAGUUUGACAGUGGUUCAGUACUCAUCUUCUCGGCUACAACUCUUUAUAUUGCAUAUAGACAUCUAACUUUAUACACCUCACCAUGUCUGAAUCAACAUUGACCGAAACGAAUCCCAUCUAUGGUCCAUUUUUUGGUGUAAUGGGAGCAGCAUCUGCCAUGAUUUUCAGCGCGUUUGGUGCUGCUUAUGGUACUGCAAAAUCUGGAGUUGGUAUUGCCGCCAUGUCAGUUAUGAGACCAGAACUGAUCAUGAAAUCCAUCAUUCCUGUGGUCAUGGCUGGUAUCAUUGCAAUCUACGGCCUUGUAGUUGCUGUACUUAUUGCCAGUAAAUUAUCAGACCCAGCUGAUUACUCGGCCUACAAUGGUUUCAUUCAUCUUGGCGCUGGGCUUGCUGUUGGGUUCUCAGGUCUUGCUGCUGGUUUUGCAGUUGGUAUUGUUGGUGAUGCUGGUGUCCGUGGAACAGCACAGCAGCCACGUUUGUUUGUAGGAAUGAUUUUAAUUCUAAUUUUUGCUGAAGUCUUGGGUUUGUAUGGCUUGAUUGUAGCCAUCUACCUCUAUUCUAAGUAAAUGCAUUGGUAAACAUCUCUCCUAAUGUCAUUCACAAGCCCAUUAAUCCUUUGCCAACAUUUAGAUAAGUUGUUGAUCGGAUACAUCUUUAGUUUAGAUUUUACCCACACUUCAAGUUGCUGUCUGCUUUGGUGUCUAAAAAUAUUAUUGUGAACAUUCAAAAUAUAGAACCAACACAUGUCAUUCCAUGUUAACAUUGGUGUUGGCAAUGGCAUCAGCAGUGCGAAGUCACUUUUUAGCCAGGAUAUUUUUUCUGUGGGUGAUUAUUGCAACUUGCAAUUGUUACACACUUGUUCAUUGGUUUUAUCUAGAACUUAAAAUUUCCUUAAUUUCAAUUCUUUCCUCCUUCCAAUGUCAUUUCUCUGUCUAAAUGUAAUAAAUACUAAGUUCGUUUGAAA